AUGGAUGAAGAAUUGCAAAAAUUAAUUAAUAAUUGGCUAGAAUGGGAUAAGAACGAAAACACUCGAAGUCAAAUUCAAAAGCUGGUUGAUUCAAACAAUUUAUCAGAACUUAAAGCUUUGAUGAUUGGCAAACUUUCCUUUGGAACUGCAGGUUUUCUUUAAAUUUUUUGGAUUGGUUUUUGGGGAAACUCGGGCUCCACAGAAUUGUUGACGCAUGCAUAUUAGUGAUCGAGAUUUUUUUAAAAGCCUGGGCUUGUUCCUGGGUUCCGUGUUUGAUUUAUUGACUUGGGCUUGUAGUUCAGUGAAAUUCCAGGAAAGUCAAAAGUGCCUGGACUCUGGAUACAGGAAAAGCCCAGGCCUUGUUC